AUGCAGUCCAUCAACCGAUUUCUCUACGGACCGACACCAGAGGAGCGUGUUCGAACGUGGCAACAAAAACUGCGACAAGAGACGCGCCAGCUGGAGCGAGAAAUCCGGCAGCUAGAUAAUGCACAAGCAAAGGCGAAACAGCAGCUGAAGCAGCUCGCAAAGAAGGGAGACGUGAAAAACGCAAAGCUGCUUGCCAAAGAGGUGGUCCGAAGCAACAAGCAAAAAGACCGGCUAUAUGUCAGCAAAGCACGACUAGGCUCUAUUAAUCAGCAGCUCCAGGAGCAGCUUGCGAUCAUCAAGAUUACAGGGAGCGUGCAAAAGUCGACUGAGAUUAUGAAGCUAUCUAAUCAAUUGAUUAAACUACCGCAAAUCAGUGCUAUAAUGCGGGAGAUGAGCAUGGAAAUGACAAAGGCUGGAAUCAUGGAAGAGAUGCUAGAAGAUACACUAGAGUCUGUCGACGAGGAUCCGGAGCUCGAAGAGGAGGCUGAAGAAGAGGUGGAUCGUGUCCUGUUUGAGAUUACCGACGGCAAACUGGGAGUUGCUGGUGCUGGAAAGGAGCUACCUACGCUCAACGACGAGGAGGAAGUGGCCAACGACGCGGAUAUGGCCCGGAUGCAAGCCCAGCUCAACAGUCUUCUUAGUGGAUAA